GAACAUACGUAGUACAUAUGGACAUACAUCCAUGAAAUAAAUUGUUAUGAUCUUGUGACUUUAAGACGUGAAUUUGUACCGUAAAGUUGCAACUAUUGUCGUAAAAUGAUAGAAUCUAAUCACGGUGAUACUGAGGAGGAAAAUAUGGAUAUACUACAAUUAUCAUCUGAUUCUAUAAAUAAUACAUCAAUGAAAAGGCCAAAAGUAAAAUAUUCUGAGCAUGAAAUAGAUUCACCUAAAAAAAAGCAAUGUUCAUUUAAUGAACAGUUAGAUAAUAUAUCAGAAAGUGAUAACUCUGGAACUAUUUUAGAGAAAAAUGAUACAAAGGUAUGUUUUAUAAAAGUAGAAAAAUUUUGUCCAGAAGACCAGCAAAAUAUACAAGAGGCAUCACAAUUAGAAUUAGAUAUACACAAAAAGGCUAAGGAGGAACAAGGAAGUGAUUCAGAGCAAGAAAAUGAAAAAAGAGAUGAGAUUAACAUUACUUUAAAAAAAAAUCCUAGAAAAAUAGAUAUUAAAGAGGAAAUUGUAGAAAACAUGGAUAAUUUAUCCCAAAAGCCUAUUACAAGUGCAAGUGCGAUGUCUGUUUCUGAAAACGAGGAAGAAAGUACAGGCAAUGAGGUUAAAGAAAUUGACAAAACAAUAGAGACAGAGGAAAAUAACAAGGAGAAUAAAAUGAAAAAACGACAUAUUGCUAAGAAAUAUAUUGUGGACACAGAAGUGAUAAAUGGGCUGGAGCUUUCGGUGGAACGUGCGAGUGAUGAAUCUAAUUCUGACAAUGAAGACGAAAAAGAUGCAUCUAGUUCUGACAGUGAAGACGAAAAAGAUGCUAAGCCACGACCAAAGACAAUAAUCGAAAAGGCUGAGCCAAAUGAAUCAGAAUUAGACUAUUCAUCAGAAGGAGAAGGAAAGUCUGAUGAUUCGCAACAAAUCACUGACUCGUUCAAGAUAUCGCAAAAAAACAAGGCGAAGAGAAAAAUCUCGCAAACAAGUUUUAAUAAAUUAAAGACUUCUGAAUCAGAAGAUAAUCAAAAUAGUAAUUCAGAUGAGGAUUACAAUCCACGGACAAAAAAGAAAAUUGUAAAAUCUCCAACUAUGAAAAAAUCAACCGACAAACAUCGCUCGGGCGAAUCAAAAAGAGGACGAGGUAGAGAUAUAAGAAAUUCUCACAAAAAAAGUACUAAAUAUGUAUCUGAUGAUGAGAAUACAGCUACAGCAGAGAAAGCUAAUAAAACAGUUCAAAUUAAGAAUGGACAGGAGGAAAAAUUAUCGGAUGUGGAAUCUUCGAAAAGUGAAAGUGACAGUAAUUCUACGGAAGAGAACUCUAUGAAAAGUAGAAAGGGAAGAAAUAAUGCUAUAGAAAAUAAACAGAUAAAACAGAUAAAGAAUCUAAAAAAGUAUUUAUCCUUUCUUGGUGUGAGAUUACAUUAUCGCGUUUUUACUGAUUGUCGAACUCUUACUGCACAAAUUAAUCGUCUAAAGGAAAUAAUAAAGCAAAAUGGAGUUCAUGGUAGAAUAACGUUUGCAAAAUGUAAACGAGCAAGAGAAGAGAAAGCAAAGAUGAAGGAGGUAUCUGAAUUGGAUAAGUCAAACAUUAUAUCUGAAGGACGAAUUACGCGCGCACGAAGAAAUAGGAAUAAUGUUGAAAGGACACUUCCAGACACAUCACCGCGAAGUCAAGAGUAUAAGAAAUUUAGCCGUAUUCAAAUUGUUAUUGAUAGUGAUUCGGAGUAGAGAACAUAGCAUAUAUAAUGUCAAUAUUUACAUAUUGAAACAUCAACAGGUGCCAAUUGUGUAUAUGUCCUGUGUGCACAUUGUGUGUGUGUGAAGUUGAUGUAUCAUUUCGUGGAAACUCAUUAAAUAUUGAGAGUGAAUGUAUUUUUAAUAAUUCUAUAUCUCUAAAUAAAACUAAUAGUUUUGCCCUUUAAAGCGAAAAAAAAACAGACGCCAGGUUCACACACGUACACAUUGGCCUGUUCUAUGUCUAUGUUGAAUGUUUUGUAUUUUCAUAUUUUCGUAUUCAGUUAUCUUUUUUAUUAAUAUUAUAGUGGGCUAUCAAUCAUAUAAUUUUCAUGUACUGUGUAUUACGUUAACAAUAUUGAUCAGUGAUGUUAGUAUGUCGAGCUAUCUUUUCUAGCAAGCAUUAUAUUUAUCAGUAUGUUGGGCUUUCUUCUCUAAUAGGUAUUAUAUUUGUAAAACGGAAAGCUAAAAAUUUUUAUUUCUACUUAAUAUAAAUUAUUGAUAGCU